AUGGAUGGCGACAGUGACUGCACUGCACUACGUCGAUUUACACUAUCUGGGCAGGGAACCCCGGCUAUCUCGUCUCCUAAUGGACAUGUACCGGCGGCCAUGCGUCUCUUUCACCAACUGCUACACUCGAGAUCUCGUGGAGGUGCCUCCGAUCAGCAAACAAGGGCUUUAGAUAAUGCGUUCUCCGUGUUGGAAAAAGCUAACUCCGCAAACACUGGAGGCCAGCGGAAGAGGAGACGUCCCGGUAGUUAA